AAUUAAAUUUUUUAUAAUAGGUUGAAAUCUUAAAAUCGAUUAGCGAGGUUAUUUAAAAUGUGUAAACUGUAAAUGAACUAUUGUUUAACUUAGUAAUACUUAGUAAAAAACUUGUAUAGUAAUACUUUCAUGUCCAUUCGAAUUUUUGUCAGAAAAAUGUCUAAAAACGUUGCUAUUAAAUUGGUAAAUAAUGCCGAUAAAGCUGAAAAACGUUUAUCCGAACUCAAGAGUAAGCUAGAGCAAGUAAAGAAGUAUAAAGUAGAAGAGGGAAUCAAAGAGCUAAUACAAGAAAAUGAAUUCUUAAAGAAAAAAGUUCAAGAGGCAAAGAUUGAGUUGAUGAAAUUGGAAACACUAAACGGCAAGAAACAGUAUCCAUUACCUGGAAAAACAGUUGUCACAAUCAGUAAUGCAGAUGUCUCUAAAUUAGAGCAACCUAAUGUAGAUGUCGAUCAGAUUCCUGCUGUCAAAACGGAAAAAAAAGAAAAAGGUGUUGCAAAGAAACCAAAAGAUAAAGCAGCUGUACCAGUGACUAAUGAUCUUAUUGAUGUUAGGAAGUUAGACCUACGGAUUGGUAAAAUUGUUGAUAUUGACAAACAUCCUGAUGCUGACACCCUGUAUGUGGAAAAGAUCGAUUGUGGUGAAGAUAACCCUCGGACAGUUGUAUCAGGUCUUGUCAACCAUGUCCCCAUUGAUGAAAUGAAGGACAGGAUUGUUAUGGUGUUAUGCAAUUUGAAACCCGUAAAGAUGCGUGGUGUCACCUCUGAAGCUAUGGUAAUGUGUGCCAGUUCACCUGAUAAAGUUGAAGUACUCAUUCCACCGAAUGGAGCUAUACCUGGGGAUCUAGUCACAUGCGAAGGGUAUCCUCGGGAGCCAGAACCCCAACUCAACCCUAAGAAGAAGAUAUUUGAAACUUGCGCCCCAGACCUUAAAACUAAUGAUGAUUGUGUUGCAUGCUAUAAAGGAAGUGCUCUAGUAAUUCUUGGGAAAGGCCCAGUUAAAGCACCCACACUUAAAGGGGUGAAUGUUAAAUAAUUUUAAGUGAAAUGUUUUUAAAAUUUAGGCAGUUUUUACAAUAAAUUAUUGAA